ACCGCGCAAUUGACGCACCUUUCGAACUUAAGGACGAUCAGUCAGUAAAGGUGUUAGGUUUGCAUUGGGGUACUACAUCGGAUGUUUUAGGUUAUCAUAUCAAUAUCAAUAAAGUUAAUCCAACUAAGCGUUCAAUACUCUCAACAAUAGCUCGUUUAUAUGACCCAGUUGGGGCGUUGGGCCCCGUUGUUUUUUGGGCCAAGUGCAUCAUGCAAGAAUUGUGGAUGCAAAAACUGGACUGGGAUACUUCGCCGCCGACACAACUAGUUGACAAGUGGAACACCUUUAUUUCCGAAUUUCCCACGCUAGCCCAGGUUAUGCUAACUCGGCAUAUUGAUAUCCGAUGUUCAAAACAAGUGGAGCUAAUAGGUUUUUCUGACGCCUCUCAGAAGGGAUACGCGGCAAAUGUGUAUUUACGUGUGGUUGACCAGAGGAAUGCUGUCAAGGUCUAUUUUAUUGCAUGUAAGACCAAAGUGGCUCCAUUAAAAUGCUCUGAUACUGAUCCGUCGUUAACGAUUCCACGUUUGGAGUUGUGCGCUGCCUUACUAUUGGCACGCCUCAUCUCCCACCAGUACACAGUUUUACAGAGUUUUACCAACAUCGAUCGUGUGCGUGCAUGGACUGACUCCACGAUAGUUUUGAGUUGGCUUCACGCUGACCAAAAACAGUUCAAGAUAUUCGUCACCAAUAGAGUCUCCAAAAUCAAGGCAUUAACUCCAGGUUGUGAAUGGGCCCAUGUCAGAACCAUGAACAAUCCAGCUGAUCCCGCAUCAAGAGGAUUACUUCCCUCUGAGUUGAUUUCGAAUUCAUUACAUUUUCAUGGCCCAGAGUUUUUGUUACAAUCUGACCAUUUAUGGCCUGUGUCUACCAUGUCCGAGUUAACAUUACCACCGACUGAUCAACUACCUGAGACGAAGUGUACAGCAAGUGUUUUGCAUAUACAUGAAGAAACGAACUACGAGUCAAUUAUUCAACGAUUUUCGUCGUUGUCAAAAAUGCAGCGCGUGUUGGCAUAUUGUUUUCGCUUCGCCCGUCGUCGAAAUAGUCCUAAUAUCAGYGGACCAAUCACUCGGAUGGAAUAUGACCAUGCAYUGAACGCAGCGGUCUUGUGUACGCAACUGACACAUCUGUCGGAUCUACGUAAACAGAUAAGGAAUCCAGGUUCCAUAACUCCGACAACGACAGCCCAGUUAGCCCCGUUCAUCGACGCAAUCGGGAUCAUUCGUGUCGGCGGAAGAUUAAGACAUGCACAGUUGAACGAAGAUUCAAAAUAUCCAAUCCUUUUACCUCAAAAGACACAUCUCACCGAGCUAAUCAUUCGAUACUUUCAUCACAUCUCGCUACACGGAGGAUCACGAUUAGUACUUUCAAUGAUACAUCAAAGGUUCUGGAUUAUUUCUGGCCGAGCAGCUGUCCGAAAUUUUAUCCAUUCUUGUGUUUCUUGCACCAGGUUCAGAAGUAUGAACCCACGACCUUUUAUGGGGGAUCUGCCAGCAGCUAGACUGGUAGYAAACCGCCCAUUUUUCAACGUCGGGAUGGAUUACGGUGGACCUUUCUUGGUGCGUGAAAGUCGACGUCGCGGUGCGCGUACCAAUAAAAUAUACCUAGCGGUAUUUGUGUGCAUGUCGGUGAAGGCUGUGCACUUGGAGACCGUAUCAGACAUAUCCACUGACGCAUUCCUCGCUGCGUUAGACCGGUUCGUCGCUCGGCGUGGCAUUCCAAGUAACAUGUACACAGAUUGUGGUACAAAUUACGUUGGUGCUKCAAAACAGCUGAAGAAAUUAUUCGAUGAAGCCUCCAAUCAGCAUACCUUAUGUGGUCGUAUACCUUGCAAGUGGCAUUUUAAUCCACCGGGAGCCCCACAUUUUGGCGGAAUAUGGGAGGCUGCCGUCAAAAGCGCAAAAACUCAUUUGAAGAAAGUGAUCGGUGCUCAAGUAUACACGACCGAGGAAUUUACAACUCUCAUAACGCGGAUCGAAGGCGUCUUGAAUUCUCGACCGAUGCUACCACUCUCCAGUGAUCCAAACGACUUAGGCGUGUUGACCCCAGGUCACUUCAUAAUCGGGCAACCGUUAUCAGCACUUCCAGAAAAGGAUGUAGUCGAUACUCCAACUAACCGUUUGAAUCGUUGGCAAUUACUACGCCAAGCUCAACAAUCAUUUUGGCGUCGUUGGAGCAAUGAGUAUUUGCACACCCUACAAGGGAGGCAAAAGUGGUUUAAGCAGACACCAAAUCUGUCCAUUGGCGACCUGGUAGUCAUCAACACACCGUCACGACCGCCCAUGGCAUGGCAGAUCGGUCGAAUCAUCCAGGUUCAUCCAGGUGCAGAUAAUAUA